GAGCUGCCAGGGCUGCGGCAGUGCGAGCCUUGGGUUGGCUUCGCUGCUUUCACGCUUAAAUAAGCAGUAAAGACGGAUGGGUUUGCCGUGGCGAGAGUCACUUUGGCAGGGGGAUGAGCUGCCCUUUCCCUGGGCUGUGUUUUUGUUCCCAGUCCCUUCUUCCCUUCAUUCCAGGGAAACCAUCUCCACGGCAACCUCAAACCUCCGGGCUCUGCCUCGGAGCUGCUCGCCCAUCCCCAGGACCCGGCGGGGCAGGAUGAAGCUGCUGGGAGCGCUGUUGCUGGCUGCUGGCCUGCUCGGCCCUGCUGCCCGGGGGGAGCAGCACCCCCGGACAGAUGAGCCCCCCCGGACCUGCUUCUUCCAGCUGCUCAGUGGUGAGGACAGCGAGUUCUGCAGAGGGGAUGUAGAAAUUAUCUACCCAGAGCUGGGCGACGUGGGCUGCACGUACAUCCCCAAGUGCCACUGGUACCGGCGGCGGAUCAGCAGGGAGUGGGGCAGCCCCCGCGUCCGGUACCCCCAGGCUGACAAGCUCGCCAAAAAGAUGUUUGAUCCGAGAGGGAUACGGGAGAGGGGAAAACAGUGAUGGAGGGAUCACAUCUGAUUCACACCUGAGCAUCCCCGCACCGACCACCUUCUGCGCGGCCUGGGAAAUAAUGAAAACCCAUCAAAUAUUGGUUGUAGGUUGGAGAAGGGCUAUUUGCCACGCGGGGCUGUCGGCGGCAGGGAAUUGCGUUUCUGAGGCAGAAGCAGCAUCCCGGCUCCCUGAUUGAAUUCCCCCUCGGUGACCCAGGGAUGUAAUUGCAGCGAAGGGGAGCCGGGGCAGAUCGCGCCCGCCGUGGAAAUCAGCAUCUGCAUCCAUCACCCGACCUGGGAAGAAAUUGAGGCAAGAUGACUAAAGGUCCAUAAAAGUAGCAAACUUAUUGACUAAUAGAUUUCUUAGUCAUGAAGUCCCCAUGCUCCAUAUGUACCGAAAUCAAAGCAAUUACGGAUUUAAAUGAAGCUGGAAUCCGUGGUGCAGAAAAUGCUUGUUUUAGCGUAAGAUUGGCCAGAGGUGAAUGACCUGUAAAACCCCCGGUAAUGAAAGCUCUUCACAGCUUGCAGUGUUUCACUGGAUGGUAAUUGCUGCAGUCUGUGAUAUGGAUCUGGCUGUGUUAAUGAUGCCCUGUUCCUUUUCAUAGGACUCAUUUAAGCUUUCCCGUUUUUCU